AUGAAUUCCCUAUGGCUAUAUGGUCUGAGUGGCUCGUACCUAUUUGCGUAUAUACCCCUUGCACUAGCCUUCACGGCUCUUUCCGUAGCCAUAUACCGACUUACUAUCCACCCCCUAGCUCGCAUUCCCGGCCCAAUACUAGCAGCCACAACUGGACUUUACGAAGCAUACUACCAAUGCAUCAAAGAUGGCGGUGGACGCUACUGGGUCGAGAUCGAGAAGAUGCACCAGCGCUACGGUACUUACCCACCUCCUGCAUUCUCCCACCCCUUAAUCCACACCCCCCAACCACGUCCCAUCGUCCGCAUCAAUCCCUGGGAAGUCCACAUCGCGGACCCGGACUGGAACGCCGUGUACAAGUACUCAUCGAAAGCGUCGAAACCCCGGUGGUUCUACUUCCGCUUCUUCGGCAAGUUCCCUAGUACCAAUGUCGCCGAGUCCCACGCCCUCCACCAGCUAAGACGCGCCCCGCUCCAGGUCUACUUUGCUUCGUCGAAUAUCCAGCGGUACAUGCCGACGAUUGCAGCGCAGGUUGACAAAUUGCGCGCCAGGUUGCGAAACGUAGCUGCGGAGAGGCAUGAUGGGGGUAAUGGAAGUGUUGUCAGUCUAAGUGACGCAUUUCGAUGCCUUGCUACUGAUGUGGCGACUGGCUUCGCAUUUGGCUCCCCUUUUGGGCAUCUCGACGAACCGACUUUCGACCGCGAGUUCAAUCUUAGCGUGAGGACCGUCGUACGUACUGGUACUUGGAGUCGUCAUACGUUUGGGCUGCUACUACCGAUGCUACACAGUCUCCCCGAGAGCAUCGCCAAGAAGGUGAACCCGGCUUUUGGGCGCGUGAAGUGGAUGAAAGAUACAAUGACGAGCUGCGUUCGGCGCUCGAUGAACAAGCCGGAGCCGGCUCCGGGAACCCCACAUGACAUGGUGCAGACGCUCAUGGCGUCGAAUUUGCCGCCGCAGGAGAAGACGUUUCCUCGGCUGUUUUCUGAGAGUCGAUCUGUCAUUAUGGCUGGGACGGAGACCACUGCGACUACUCUUGUCUGCAUCACUAACCACCUACUCAGCGACCCCGCGAAGUUGGAUAAGCUAAGACACGAACUAAGCGCGGCCGCAGAGGCUAAGGCUGCAGUAGAAGUAAAAAGAGUAGAAGAGGGUGAGCAGGGUGCGGAAGUUGGGAAAGGAAAUGGGAGUGAGACGCUUGAAUACCGUGAUCUACGCGAACUGCCAUACAUCACCGGUAUCAUCAACGAAGGUCUGCGACUAGCAAACCCAACGCCAAGCCGAUUACCGCGCGUCUGCGAGGACCAGGAUCUGCAGUACAGGGAAUGGGUUAUUCCCCGAGGUACAACAAUCUCAACCACAACACAAGACACCCACAACGACCCCCGCAUCUUCACGCACCCGCACGAAUUCGUACCAGAGCGGUGGGUCGACCCGGACGAACGCCGGCGUCUCGGCCGAUACCUGCAACCGUGGGGCCGUGGAGCCCGAUUGUGUCUUGGCAUGGAGCUUGCGACUAUUGAUGCAUAUUUAGCUGUGUCGCGGCUUUUCGGACCGAGCGCUGGGUUCGAUUUGCGGUUGUUUGAUAUGGUUGAUGAGGAUUGGAUGGCAUUUCAUGAGUGGUUUGCUGCGUUUCCGAAGGGGAGAGGGUUGAGGGUUAAGGUUUAUAAGAAUGGGAAUGGGAUGGGUGUUUAA